AUGGCUAUUAUAUUGCUACUGGUGUUGUCCUUUUUACCGCUUCAUUGUUUCUUGGCCACUUUGUCUAUGAAAGGAACAAAAGGAGCGGUUGCAGUAGAGGCAGAACAGUGUUCUAAUAUUGGUGUUGAAACCUUGAAGAAGGGAGGAAAUGCAGUGGAUGCAGCUAUUGCCUCUACUUUAUGCAUUGGCGUCAUAGAUACCUUUGCUACAGGCAUUGGAGGAGGUGGAUUUAUGCUUAUUCGAUCACCUAACGGCACUUUUGAAUUUAUUGACUUUAGAGAAACAGCACCAGCUGGAGCUACGGAAGAUAUGUUUGUUAAAGAUCCUAUGUUGGCUCAACAUGGUGGCUUAUCUGUUGCAGUGCCAGGCGAACUGAGAGGACUAGAAUUAGCACAUAAAAGACAUGGAAAGUUACCCUGGCAUACUUUAUUCGAACCUUCCAUACUUAUGGCUCGUGAGGGAUUCAAGGUAACUCCACUUUUGGAGGCUAGGCUUUUGUCAGAGCAAGGCUGGAUGUCCAAUCUGACUGAAUGGACGGAUAUAUAUUACAAAAAUGGAAGACCAGCCAAAGCAGGGGAGAUCAUUAAAUCGCCCAGGUUGGCGGACACUCUAGAAUCAGUCGCUAAAUAUGGUGCAAAUGCCUUUUAUGAGGGUAAAAUAGCAGAAAGCUUAGUGGAAAAAAUACAGUCUUCGGGAGGUAUUGUGACACUGGAUGACUUUAAAGGAUACACACCCGUCAUAAGACCCACUAUCAGCACUUUCUAUAACGGUCGAAAGGUGAUAACGACCUCUGAGCCAACAAGUGGCCGUGUGUUAGUAAGCGUGCUAAAUCUGAUUGAAAGGUUCCAAUUCAAAGUAGAAGGCUUGACUGGAUUGAAUGUGCAUCGACUGGUUGAAGCACUCAAAUUUGGUGCUGCUUUUAGAACAGAAUUGGCUGACCCAGACUUUAUUGAUAACCAAGAUAGAAAAGACGAACUCGGCACAAAAGAUUACGCGGCCUCUAUCAGGCAAAAGAUAACCGAUGACAUGACGCAUGAUGUGCUCUAUUAUGAGCCCAAGUUUGAUAUCAUUGAGUCUCAUGGAACAAUGCACUUAUCAGUUAUAGAUGAGAAUGAUGGAGCCGUAGCUUUGACUUCUACAGUCAACCUUAUGUUUGGUUCUCACCUUCUUGAUGAAAGAACAGGUGUUGUGCUUAAUGACCAAAUGGACGAUUUUUCUAUACCUGGGACACCCAAUAAGUUUGGACUGUAUCCAAGCAAGUACAACUACAUUGCACCUAAAAAGAGACCGUUAUCAUCAAUCACUCCAACGAUUAUCGAAAGAGACGGUCUUCUCGAAAUGGUUUUGGGAGGUUCGGGAGGCUCGCUCAUACCAACAGUGACUUUAAGUGCUAUCAUUAAUGUUUUGGAAUAUGGUAAAGAUGUAUAUAGCGCAGUGGCUUCACCUCGUGUUCAUCAUCAGCUAAUGCCAAACAUGGUCAUUAUUGAACGCGGUUUUGACAAAAGAAUCGAAAAAGAGCUCAUCAAACGUAAUCACACAAUAUUCCGCCUACCUUCUAAAUACUGCGUAUCGGCAGUUCAGAUCGUCAAGCGAAAUGAAGAUGGCACAAUUGAAGCAGCAAGUGAUCCUCGUAAAAUGGGUUUAGCUGCUGCGUAUUAG